GUUUAACUUCUGUCUCCUGUUGAAAGCAGGGCGUGAAUUUCUCAAACCCACCAUCUCGGUGAGCCCCAGCAGGGUGGUGGCGCUCGGGGGAAGCGUCACCAUCCGCUGUGAGGGUCGGUUCCUGGGCGUGGAGGUCAUUCUGCAUAAACCUGGACACCCGAACAUGCAGGUGCAGACGGUGCCUAAUGGGACCGUGGCUGAAUUUCCCAUCCCCAGUGUCAGCUGGGAAGAUGGAGGGAGCUACACCUGCGACUAUCGCUCCAUAACGGAACAGAGUCACUCAUCAUAUCUCAGCGACCCCGUCGAGAUCAUUGUAGGAGAGCCCAGCUACCCCAAACCCAGCAUCUCCCUGAGCCCCAGCGGGGGGGUCUCCCUGGGGGCAGCCGGGAGUGUCUGGUGUCGGGCCCAGCGCCAGGGCAUGAGGUUUGUGCUGAAUAAAGAGGGACGUCAUUUCCCACCUGUGGAUUCGGUCGGGUUGGAGGCUGUGUUUCCCAUCAGCGCCAUGAGCCGGGAGGACGGCGGGAGCUACAGCUGCUCCUAUCACAGCAGAUCGGAGCCGUUCGCCGUGUCGUACCCCAGCGACCCCGUGGAGCUGGUGGUGAGAGGGGGAACCGACUCGGCCCAGCCUGGAGCAGCACCAGCUCCCACCCUCCCGGGCAGCGCGGGGCCAGGUGAAUCAAAACCACUGGCUCUGACUUGGGCCAUCACCGCCGGGGUGAGCACAGCGGCCGCCAUCCUCCUCUUCGUCCUUGUGGCCUUCGUCUGCUUCAGAAAAACCCGAGCCAGAAAAGGAGCCGCACCGAGACUGAGCAGCACCAGCCCCUUGGGGGUGUUGAAGGCCCCGGAUCAGCAAGACUCCAUCUGUGAGUAA